AUGUCAUUCAGCAGUCUCUGCAAUAUCUGCAGGGACGUGGACUUCCAUGGCAUCUUCACAGGCCGUGAUUACGCCAAUUACCCCGAUGGUUUCAACCCGUACCGGGCAGAUCUCGACUCUCGGAAACAGGUCCCGAGAACCUGGGGGCACAUCAGAAUGCAUGUGCGAUGCUGUACCUUUUGCAUGUUGACUUUCCAUCAGAUACGGACACUUAGGAUGAUGACACGCACCUCAAACCGUCUGAACGUACCCGACCCUUUCCCGGAUGCAAGAGAAAAUGAGAUGGUGAUUACGGCGGUCGAGAUAGGAACAGGCAUGUUUGACGGAGAGUUUACGCAGUGUAUUGGCUUUCAUAACGGUACAUAUCGGCAUCCCAGCCAUGGUUCACUCAUGAUUCGUGGUCUUCAGCUGAGUUCUCCGAAGCGCUCUCCUACAGCGGCUUGGGAGCGCGCACGUCAAGUCAAGGAACAAGCCGAGUCGCGUUUGGGACUUCAAGCAAACAAGAAAUUGAACAUAAAAUUUGGGAGCUGUUUUGGCGGGAGACUCGUCGGCGCAGAUAUUGACUUUGAACUCUGUAAAACCUGGUUAGAUCUUUGCAAUGAGCAGCAUGAGGAGUGCAUGGAGUACAAACCAGUCGGCAAGAUAACUCGGCCAAACAGGCUUAUCGAUGUUCAGAGUAACUGCAUUGUCUCUGGAUCCUCUUCACACGAUGACUAUGCUGCCUUGAGCUACGUCUGGGGUGGUGGUAUACCUGGUACCCAGCUAACGACCUCCAACGAGAAAGAGCUCCAACAAACAGGGAGCCUCUCCGCACCAGGCAUAAUUUUGGGCCAUACCAUUACUGAUGCCAUGAAUUUCUGUCGGCAGAUCGGUCUGCGCUUCUUGUGGGUCGAUCAAUUGUGCAUUCCCCAAAAGCCGGGCUCGGUCGACCCAGAGAUCCACCACAUGGCGUCAAUCUACUCCGGAGCAACUUGUACUUUGGUUGCCUUGAGCAGUAAUUCCUUUUGCGACCCCCUCCCGGGAGUCCGGCCGGGCACACGGCAGCCAGAGACACAACACAAGGCUACUAUAAGGGGUUUGAGUAUCAUGACAUGCUACCCAUCGCUCUUCACUGAGAUAGAGAGCUCAGUCUGGUUCAGUCGCGGCUGGACAUUCCAAGAAGCAGCGUUCUCGAGACGAAUCUUUUUCUUCACGACGUCACAGAUCUUCUUCCUUUGUCGCGAGACGAUGUACUGCGAGGAAAGUGUCUGGGAAGUACCAGGCGGUAAUUCUACGGCAGCUUCAGCAAACACCGAAACGACAGAGGCUGGGAGAAUAAAGGAUCUGAUGCUCCUCCGCUCAAAUGGAUCGUACCCAGAGGGGGGCUACUACAGGAUUGUAGAAGAGUACACCAAGCGUACCCUGGGUCAUCCUGAGGAUAUCCUCAAUGCGUGGGCCGCCGCGGUCCAGUGGAUGGAGGAAGACAAGAAGUGGGGAUCGACAUGCAGUUUUGGUCUUCCCUUAGACCAGUUUGGGUUCGGGCUGGGAUGGCAACCACUCCAUGGCCAUGACCCCCAUCCUGAUCAUCAACGGACUGACUUCCCCAGUUGGAGUUGGUCAAGCUUCCAGGGUCCAGUUGAGUGGUGCCUUGCAGUACCAUCCAGUACACGGACGUCUGGUGGUGGACGAGAGAGUGGCUGGGCUAGGUCUGGCAUUAUCCAAGAGACAGACAUCGACAAGGCGUUGUGUGAGAGAUAUGAUAAAUAUCUUUCACCAGUUCGUACAUCCCAGAGUCCUUUCGCGCAGCAAAAUCCUAUCCUGGAGUUCAAAACCUCAGCUGCUCACAUCACAGUCUCCAAAACGCCCGAUGGUAGGAUGGAACUGCCAAACUUUGACAUAAUAGGGAAAGACGGGUAUUCGAUCGGAAGUCUGCAGUGUGAUCCUGGCUGGCGUGCCGAGCAACCAGAGCAACUGGAGUUUAUCAUCUUUGCCACUGCUAAACUGACGGAUCCAGAGCCUCCACAGUACUCGGGAUAUACUGCCGGUUGCGGAACAAGCCGAUAUAAUGCAAAGAUGAGCGGUCGCUUGUUUUCCGAUCAAUACAGCUUUGACGCCGCUGUCUCUCAGUGGCAGGAUUUAUGCUCAAAGGAGCGAUUUGUGGUCGAUUUAAUGUGUAUCUCCAGAGAAGAUGACGGCCUCGCCAGGAGGGUUCAGGUUUGCCAUGGCAUAUCCUUGGAUCAGUGGAUGAGCCUAGAUCCCAAGGAAGUGUCAGUCAGACUCGGAUGA